AUGGACAAAACAGAGGAAUACUUAUUUGAAUAUAAAGGCUACAAUUUUGAAAGGUCUUUAGUUAAUAUUCAUGUAGUAGAAAGUACCAUCUGGACACAGCAAAUACUAAGCUUGAUUUAUUUUGAGGGGCAUCGUAACAGAACCGAAGACAUCAAAACAAUAGAUAGAGCUCCCUUCUUUGAAUACAAUCCUCAUAAUUUGGACUUUAUCAAAAUGCCAUCCCCUCGAAUCUUUACUUCCCACAUGCCAUACUAUUUAGUUCCAAAAGGUCUGAAGAACAAAAAAGCUAAAAUUCUUUAUAUCUACAGAAAUCCUAAAGAUGUUUUGGUUUCCUAUUUUCAUUAUUCAAAUUGGGUGGCUAUAUUAAAGAAUUCUGAAACUUUUGAAAAUUUUAUGAAAAUGUUUCUAGAUGGACAAGUGGUGGGAAGUCGUUGGUUUGAUCAUGUAAAAGGCUGGUAUGAACACAGACAUGACUUCAAUAUUCAGUUCAUGAGCUAUGAAGAUAUGAAAAAGGACCUCAGAAGUGCAGUGCUGAAAAUCUGUAGAUUUCUUGAGAAAGAACUUAGUGAAGAAGUUGUGGAUACUGUUGUGAAAGAGGCUACCUUUCAGAACAUGAAGACUAAUCCACAAGCAAAUUAUCAUGAUAUUCUAAAAUAUGAAAUUGGAGUGAGAAAUGAUGAAGGACAUUUUCUGCGCAAAGGUAUCAUUGGAGAUUGGAAACAUCAUUUUACUGUGGAGCAGAAUGAAAGAUUUGACCAGAUAUUCCAAAGGGAAAUGAAAGACAUUUCCCUGAAGUUCAUCUGGGAUAUAAAUGAGGAGUAGAAUUGUAAUCAAACCAUAAAAGAAUUAUAUAAACUCUAAUCAGAGGCUAUACCUUAACCUACAUAAUAAUUUAUGCCUAUUUAAUUACUAAUUAUAAAACUUAACUAACAAAAUAAAUAAACUAUGCUUAGAUUAGUUGCCAUGAAUUCUUUAAAAUUUUAAAAAAUUAGUUUUACUUCAAUAAUUAAAAUUACAAAUCAGAAAUUAAAUUGCUUUUGCAGCUUUGGUACCCUGCUAGAAAAUGGCAAAACAGAAAGCAUAAAACAUGACUUGCAAAUAUCUUUAGAGACAAUUCUGUAUUGUGUAUUUUCCAUUACCCACAAUUAAACUCAGGAUCAAUUAAACCUUAAAAAUCAUUUUAUUAUUGUACUUAAAUUUUAAUUCUUUGGUUUCAAA